AUGCGAGGUUCAGUACCCUCGCCUCGAGUCGCCUGGCUUCCCAGCCCGACUCCAUUACGGCGGCAAGCUCCGCAUGCGAGGUUCAAUACCCUCGCCUCGAGUUGCCUGGCUUCCCAGCCCAACUCCAUUAUAGAGGCACCCACCGCAUACGAGGUUCAGUACCCUCGCCUCGAGUCGCCUGGCUUCUCAGCCCGACUUCAUUAUAGCGGAAAGCUCCGCAUGCGAGGUUCAGUACCCUCGCCUCGAGUUGCCUGGCUUCUCAGCCCGGGUCCAUUAUAG